CCGUGUAUCCAAGUCCGUGUAUGUUUUGUGCUGACAUCUAUCAUUAGUAAAAUAAGGUUAUAAACAUGUCAUUUGAGUCAUUUGACUUUACCCAAUUUCUCGAGUAUCCAUCAUGGUAGAAUGUCAGCAUAUUAUCUAGUAAUAUUUCAAAAUUCCCCAUAUCGCCAGUCCCCACAGGAUACAGUGACAGUGUAUAUGUCUUGUGCUGACGCCCUGACGGAUCCGUCAACGCCAGGUAGACAGAGCCGAAUUUUAUUUUGGUUUUUGUACGCUACAGAUUCAUUUUCUACUUGCUAACAGCUCUUUUAUUUAGAAAAGUUCAUUUGCAUACAAAAUACCAAACGCUCAAACAAGUUUUACUAGAUUUAAUACCCGAUCCAUUAUUGCCAACGUUGCAGACCAACACAAACAUGUCAGUUACUGAUCCUCAGUAGACGUCAAAGCGUGAUGAUACUCGUGAAAUAGGGUAUAAAUAAAAAUCUUAAUGAAAAAGUGAUUACCCAAACCAUAUGUUAACAUCUGUGGUUAACAAUAACAUUACAUUUAACAUGAUGGAUGAACAAAAUAUACCUAUUGAUAUCAACACAAAUAAGCUAUUAGACUGGCUAAUAAGCAGGAGACAUGUGAACAAAGAUUGGCAAGAUAAUGUUUUAAAGAUCAGAGGAAAAAUUAACAAUGCUAUCCAAGACAUGCCAGCUCAUGAAGGUAUCAUCAAACUACUAUCUGGUCAACACGUCAAUUAUUUCCACUGCCUAAAAAUAGUAGACAUUCUGAAAGAAACUGAAGCAGACUCGAAAAACAUCUUUGGUCAAUAUGGCUCCCAGCGAAUGAAGGACUGGCAAGAUAUUGUGAAUUUGUAUCAAAAAGACAACUUGUAUUUGGCUGAAGCAGCUCAAAUGCUGAUUCGGAAUGUAAACUAUGAAAUACCUAGCUUGAGAAAGCAAAUUGCAAAGUUAAACUCGGGUCAAGGAGAAUGUGAGAAGAAAAUUAAAGAUUAUACAAAGACAGAACUUUUGGCUCAUAAGGAGUUUGAUGCUAUAUGUCAGCAACUAGGAAUCACAGGGAGGAAUAUAAAAACUGAACUACUAGAGCUAUUGAAAGAUUUACCAGAUAUCUACCAAAAAAUUACAGAGAAAAUCAAGAUCAUUCAACCAGCUAUGGAGUUGUACACAGAAUUCAACAAAUACUUGCUGGGUAAGGAAGAAGUAGCUUUACUUACAGCAUUAAAAUAUUUAAUAGAAAAUGGUAACACUACUACAUAUGAGUAUACUUAUGGCCAAAAACCAGUUCAAGUUGAAGAAUUUACACCAGUAACAUUAGAGGCAAGAACUUCAGAAAGCGAGGAUGUGGAAUCUAACGAAAUUGACUAUGAUGAGAUAGACUUCGAAAUCAACACUGAUAACAGCAUAGAUUUUGGAGAUAUUGUAGUAAAUGAAGAGCAGAACAUAGACUGGGGCAAUCAAGAAUCUUCGGAUGAAGGUUUUGAAAUGGUGUCACAUGAAGACUUGAAUUACAAUCUUGAAGAAUCAGGAAUUGUAGUUGAAAAAACUGGAAUAGAUGGUGGGAUAGCAAAGGGUGAAGAAGCUCUGACUAUUUUAGAUAAUCCAAAAAUUGCAUCACAGAUUAUGAACAAUCUGAUUGAGAUCAGUGCUUUUCUGAAAAUGAGAAUGUACGAGAUGGCUAAUGACACUGAUCUGUUAGCUAUGACUCAAAUGCAAGAUGCUCCUACUUUGCUCCAAAUGCAGACAAUUGAGUCAAUCACAUCGCUCAAUGAUUGCGUGAAUGUUGUUUUGGAUCAGCUGAUGAACAGGAAGCUGUUGCAUUUGCAAAACAUCAAACAUUCACCAAAGUAUGUGGAUAUACUGACAGAAACUUUGAAACAGAAACUUUCUGUAGUGGAGAGAAUGAAGGCUAAUAAGAAAAUAUUGGAAGAGAAAAUAAAGGGUAUGAGAGAUGAGGCUAGAGCAAUAGAACCAGUGAUAAAGGUACUAAUUGAUAAGACGAAGGAGUUGCAAAAGGAAAUUGAGAGUGAUAUAUCUAAAAAGUAUAAGGGAAGGCCUGUGCAUCUUGUGGGAGGGAUCAGUAUGCUAUAACAGAUCUAGAAUAUGUUUUCCAAAUGAUGUUUAUUGUAAAUGUAUGCUUUAAUAAAUUUUUAGUUUUAUAUGCCGU